AUGACCAAAAAAGCUUCGAAAGGAAAACAACAUAAGCCUACUCGUACAAAGACUACUGGCCAGGAUUCUAUUAAAGAUCUUGUUCACAUAGGUGACGACAGUACUUUUUUUAGAUGCUCUUUAGAAGAUCGGAGAAAUUUCGUAGCAAGAGAUGGCAAAAAAUUAGUACAAGCUCCUUUAUUUCUUGUUUUAUGGCAAAAAGAAAUCACCUUAGCUCUUAUUUCGUUAAGCAUCUUUUUUUAUUAUUUACCGUCGACAAGGCCCUAUGCUGAACCAUUUGUGGUUUUGUCCUAUAAAGAAUCGUCGGGCGUUUACGGAAAAGGCCCCAAAGAUCUUCUUUUUUCUUUAUUUUGGGUAGUUAUUUUUACUGCUAUCAGAAGCGUUGUUAUGGAUUAUUGCUUUCGCCCUUUCAUUUUGUUCUACGGAAUCCGGAAACGAAAAAUUGUUAUUCGAUUCUGUGAGCAAGGGUAUUGCUUCUUGUAUUACCUCGUCUUUUGGGUACUUGGGUGUUACAUCUAUCGUACUAGUGGAUAUUGGGGUCACGAAGAACAACUUUUUGAACACUAUCCCCAGUAUUAUAUGUCUAAGCUUUUCAAAUUCUAUUACCUUGUUCAGUUUGGAUUUUGGUUACAGCAAUUGUAUGUCCUUCACGUGGAACAACGCCGCGCUGAUCAUUGGCAAAUGUUUGCACAUCAUAUUGUCACAUGUUCUUUAAUUAGUUUGAGCUAUUGCUUUAAUUUCCUUCGAGUUGGUAAUGCCAUUUUAUACAUUUUCGAUUUAUCAGACUACAUUCUAUCAGGCUCUAAAAUGAUAAAAUACCUCGGGUGUGGUAAAAUCUGUGAUUAUUUAUUUGGUCUCUUUAUGGCAAGUUGGAUAUAUUCAAGACAUUAUCUUUUUUACAGAAUCCUUAAAGUCGUGGUAAUAUCCGCUCCUAGGAUUAUAGGCGGAUUCCAUGUGGACCUUUCGAAAGGUUAUAUAUUUAAUGAGAAAGUAUACUACGCUUUCAUUUUUCUUCUUUUCUCUUUGCAGAUUUUAAUUUACAUUUGGUUUGGCAUGAUUGUCAAAGUCGCAUAUCGUGUUUUUUCCGGUGAAGGUGCUGUUGAUAGUCGGUCUGACAAUGAGGAAGAGGCAGAUGAAGAUUCUAAAAAGAAAUAA